GGAAACGGAGAUGCAACGCGAGCCGCUGGCGGCGGGGAGACCGGCAGUUGGACUAUUUAUGAUGUAUUUCUCGGUUAAUUAGUUGCAGCUGAAAACAGAGGCUAGGGAGUGGGACUAGGAGGGACUCGGGGCUCCGAAAUGGGAGUGGGAUUGGGCAGGGGCAUGGGAAUGAAGUAAUGCUUCCGCAUGCAUUUGCUAUGAGUAGAGACAUUGCAUCCCGAUCGCUUUCCAGAAGAAAGUGCGUGCCACGGUGCGUUUUUUUGCUAUAUUUGGAUAAUGCGCCGCUUGAUCGGUGAUGGAUGCCUGCGCCUUUUCAUCAUUUAUCUUCGAGUGCAGCGGGCUAAUGGAACUGCAAUGGGUUCCUGGAACUGGAGCGGAACGAUAAUGAUGACGACGCAUGCAUGAGGAUGACGCUGCACCCGAAUUCCAAUUUCAGACGCCUCUGACUCCACUACUCCCCGGCUGUAGUGGGGCGAUUUCGGGCAUUAUAAUUAAAAACAUAAAUUAAGCCUCAAAUUAAAAGCCAUCAAAUGUUACGCAAAAUUACACUUCCAUAGGGGCUAUUUCGAUAUAAAGCCUCUCAAUUGUGGUCCCAGACUGUUCACAAUGUUUAAAGUUCGGAAUGGUUUCCUCUUCCUGGUCUUGGCCAUUGGGGUUAUGGGCAGAAAUACUUCCUCCGAUCUGGACGAGGAUUGCGAAUUGAAUGCGGUUGAUACUAUGCACGAUUUCUGCUGCGACCUGCACGAGGAGGGACCACAGUUCACAGAAUGCCAGAGAGAAUGGCAUGACAAGAUUCAGUACUCCACGGAUGAGGAGGAACAGAGCUAUAUGUUUUGCACUGCAGAAUGCACUUUUAACAGCACCGAGAUUCUGGGCAAGAAUCGUCAGUCUCUCCGACUUCGUCAGGUGAAGAAUCACCUGGAAUCCUACCUGGUAAACGAUGCUGAUGUGGAUCUACUUUAUGCUACCUACGUAAAGUGCGACAAACAUGCAAUUUCCCUAAUGCCACACACGGGUGUCAAGAAGCUGGCCAAGCGCCUGUCCUCAUAUGGCUGUCAUCCAUACCCUGGCCUGGUCUUCGAGUGCGUGGCGAACGAGAUGAUCCUCAACUGCCCAGCCAAGAAAUUCCAGCAAACAGCCGCUUGCAAAGAGACCAGAAAUUAUUUGAAACAGUGCAUGCAGUACCUAAAGUACAAGGCCUAGAGGUCCUUGAGAACAAAAAUCAUACAGAAAUACACAGCACAUGCAGCUUACAUUUUUAUUGUACUUUGCUA